UAGCUUUAUUGACUAUAUUUGGAGGUGGAUUGAAUUAUUAAUUCUUAAACAUUAUUGUUCAUUUUCCAUUUGAAACCAGAGUGAAAGGAAACUAGAUAGAGAAAUUGGUAAUGGCAACUAUCUUGCUUUUUCUUCUUCUCCCAGCAAUUUUCACUGCAGAAGCUCAACAAGGAGAAUCCAUUGUUAAAAUAGGCUCUUUUUUAACACCUACCACCAAUUCUUCAUGGUUGUCACGCUCUGGUCUAUAUGCCUUUGGCUUCUACAAACAAGCCAAUGGCUAUGCUGUUGGAGUUUUUUUUGCUGGGAUUCCUGAAAAGACAGUAGUCUGGACAGCCAACCGAGACGAUCCUCCAGUUCUCGCAAAUGCUACACUGAAUUUCACUACUGAUGGUAGACUCAUCAUGCAAUCGGCACAAGGCAAAAAGAUGUUCAUUGCCAAUCCUCCUGAACCUGCGACAUCAGCAUCAAUGCUUGAUUCAGGAAACUUUGUUCUCCAUAAUUCUGAUAAGAAGAUUAUAUGGCAGAGUUUUGAUGACCCAACGAAUACCAUCUUACAGGGUCAGUGUCUCUCAGCUGGAACAAGUUUGCGUUCGAGUGUUUCAGAAUCUGACCAAUCGACAGGAAUUUUUCAACUAGUAAUGCAGACAGAUGGAAACCUCGUGCAGUACCCAUUACUAUUGGAAUUAAAGGCCGAAUAUGCUUAUUGGAGUUCGAAUACAUAUGGACAAGGCAAUAACGUGUCGCUGUGUCUUGAUGAUGAUGGCCAUCUCUACCUGCUCAAUUCCACUGGCACAUACCUAUCAAAUCUGACUCAAGGUGGAUAUCCAAGAAACAAUACAGUUCAUCUUAUGAGAAUUGACGCUGAUGGGAUCUUCAGGCUAUACUCACACAAUCUGGAAAAGAAUGGGAAUUGGCUUGUCAAUUGGUCAUCUUCUGAUAAUAAGUGUGACCCUAAGGGCCUGUGUGGCCUCAAUGGGUUUUGUAAAACUAUUGAUCGAGAAUCUAACUGCUUAUGUCUUCCUGGAUUUGCAAGAGUCCACCAGGGGAAUUGGAGUUCAGGCUGUGAAAGGAAUUUCACUGCAGAAAGUUGUGAAAGCAGAGAUGGAAGUGUUAAAUAUACCAUGGUAACAGUAUCUAAUACUGUAUGGGAGGAUAGUUCUUUUUCCAUUCUGUCAUUAUUAAGCAGUGAGAACUGCCAAGAAGCAUGUUUGGAGGAUUGUAAUUGUGAAGCCGCUACGUACAAAGAUGGGACGUGUCAAAAGCAAAAGCUUCCGUUGAGAUUUGGAAGAGUGGCAAGUGAUACAAACAUGGCAUUCAUCAAGGUAGGUGUAUCUACAACCAGCAUAAAUAAAAUUGUGCCCAUAGGACAAGAAAAAAAGUCCCGAAAGGGUAUAUUGAUUAUAGGCAUCUCACUUGCUGCUUUCGGACUCAUAAUGUCACUGAUUUCUGGAAUUGCAAUUUAUAAAAAUCGGGUGUGGGCAUAUAAAAGGCUCUCUAAUGGUGGAAAUGUUGGCUUCAGAAUGGAUGUUUCUCCACAAUCAUUUAAUUAUUCAGAUCUUGAGAAAAUGACAAAUAGUUUCAAGGAAGAGCUGGGUAAAGGAUCAUUCGGGACCGUUUACAAGGGAACAACAUUGAAUGGUCAGAAGCUUAUAGCUGUCAAAAGAUUAGACGAAGUGUUGGUUGAAGGGGAAAAUUUUUUUCAAUCAGAGAUGAAAGCUAUUGGAAGAACACACCACAAAAACCUUGUCCAUUUACUUGGCUAUUGCCAUGAUGGAGAGCAUAGGCUUUUGGUAUAUGAGUUCAUGAGCAAUGGGUCACUUGCAGAUAUACUUUUCACACCUGAAAAACAACCCUCUUGGGAUAAAAGAAUAGAAAUCGCUCGCAACAUAGCGAAAGGAAUUCUUUAUCUUCAUGAAGAGUGCGAGUCACAGAUCAUUCAUUGUAACAUAAAGCCUCAAAACAUACUCAUGGAUGAACAUGGGUGUGCAAAAAUCUCAGAUUUUGGAUUGGCAAAGUUGUUAAAGCCAAAUCAAACCAGUACCUUUACUAGCAUUCGGGGGACAAAGGGCUAUGUUGCACCAGAGUGGCAUCGAAACAAACCAGUGACAGUCAAAGCAGAUGUAUAUAGUUUUGGAAUUGUGUUGUUGGAGCUUAUAUGUUGUAGAAGGAGUCUUGACUGGUAUCGUACUGAAGAAGAGGCCAUUCUUGAGGAAUGGGCAAACUAUUGCUUUGAGGCUCGUGAGCUAGGAAAACUGGUGGGCGAUGAGGAGGUUGACAAAAGACAAUUGGAGAGAAUGGUUAAAGUAGGACUCUGGUGUGUUCUUGAUGAGCCAUCACUUCGUCCUUCAAUGAGGAAGGUUCUGCUAAUGCUGGAAGGGACUGUAGAUAUCCCAAUCCCUCCAAGUCCAACUUGUUUUCUUAGUAAGGUCUAAAAUGUGUUUGUAUUUUUUUCGCAGUAAAUGUUUUUAUGCAAUUUGAGUGCAGAUAUGUCCUCCCACAUUAUACAGGGAUAUGUCAGUAUUCAGAUUGCCCAAAUAGGCAAUGGCAAAAUGUGUUUGUACUUUUAUCCA